AUGAAGAAGAAGACAACGACGAAGAAGAUAAUCUUUUUGAUUGUGAUUAGCAUCUUAAGUGACAGCAAGUGCAGCAUUAGCCCAUUUAUACAAAGUUUUGAUGGAUCUAUGCUCAUUACAACCACCUAUCAACCAGUCUUAUUACGCCAUUAUCGAUCGGAGCUUUGUUGUUCGCCGCCUGCUCCAUCAACCGGUAGAUUUUUCUCGAUCGGCUUCAUCCCUACCUCGAUCCUCCCUAAAUCAGAGGUUCCAAUCCACUCUACUUCACUCCAAUCCAAUCCAAUCCAACACAAUCCAGGAAAGAUGUCACAAUUUUUAUUAAGAGAAAGCAACAUACAAAUUACUAUGGGUGCCACAUCAUCAACACAUGAAUCAUCCACCCAAUCAUCCUUACCUACAUCAUCUACCCAAUUAUCUGUUGAGGAAAAUAUUGGCAUUCAACAUCAAGGGUAUUUACUUGGAUCUACUGGACUGGAUGGGCUUCUAUAUAUUGGAGUGCGAGAUAAGGAGUUAUUUCCUUCGGGCCCAUGUUCUUCCAUUAUCUAUGAAUCCUUUGGUGAGAGAGCUGAUUUAAACGGGUAUAGCUGGGUAACUUUAAGUGACGAGACAAAACUCCUUUAUUGGGACGAGUUUCAUAAAAAGUGCCAUUGGGAUGAAGCAAAAACUCCGCGUAGAGGUGUAGCUGAUGGACAAGCCCUUUCUACGCAUACCGGUGGAUCGGCUUCUCAUUCCAAGAUUGCUUCUGAUUUAAAGAAGCUUUGGGGACAUGAUCCGGCACACCAUGAACUAUUAUUGUAUACACACACUAAGAAUCACGAUGGAGUGACUUUUUUAGUUGACAAAGCUAAAAAAAUUCAUGAUGAUUUUAUGGAACGAUGUGAUCGGUUGGAAGCAAUAGGAGAGGAAAUUGAUGAGGAAAAACUAUUUUAUGAUGUUGUUGGGGGACAUGAUCGAAAAAAGAGAUUAUAUGGAUUUGGCUCAUAUGGAAAGCGCAUUCGUUCUAGUAAAGGAUCUUCUGAAAUGCAUCGCGAACAAUACGAGGAUAAUAAUGCCGAGACAAAAGUCGAGAUUGAGAAUAUGAAGAAGUUAGUUGAGACACAACGCGAACAAUAUGAGGAUAUUCAACAAAAAUAUGAGGAUGUUCAACAAAAAUAUGAGGAUGCUCAGAAAAAGAAUGUGGAGUUUCAGCAGAAAAAUGUGGAUGUUCAAGCAAAGUUUGAACAACUUCUUGCACAAGCAAUGAAUGUCAUUAACACAUUGAGUGAACAGAAGAAUGGGAAGGGGGAAGACCCUUUGUGGGGAGACGUUUUCAAGCAGACUCACCUUGAAAAGAGUGCAAAUAUGAAGUUGGCAUCUGGAGAGUUGAUUGGGAGCCAACCUGAGCAUUAG